AUGAAGAGGCUCAGAGCUGCAGCAGCUUUUGCUGCAGGUGCAGCAGCAGCAGCAGCAAACUGGUCCGUGGACUGUCAGGCUGCAGGUGUAUAUACACCCCAAGCCCCCCCGCUCCCGCCGCCCCCAGCAGCAGCAGCAGCAGCAGCAGCAGCAGCCCCGCUGCUGGCGGCGCGCGCCCCGGCGCAGCGCGAGCCGCAGGCGCCCCCCCCCCGCCCCCCCCCGCAGCAGCAGCUGCUGCUGGGCGCGGGCGGCGCCGCUGCUGCGCUGCAGCGGCUGGGGCAGCUCGGCGCAGAGCUCGCGCACUGCGACCCGAAACGCGAAGGAGUCUGCUGCUUGCUGCGGGACUUCUGCGACUCCAACGCAGACUGCUUCUCAGAUGUGUCUCCAGAAAACGUGCUGGAGUGGGUGCAUGCGCUGCCGCGCUGCAGCUGCCGGUGGGGCUUUGCGGGCGACGGGCGCAGCAGCGGCAGCGGCUGCAGCAACGUCGACGAGUGCAGCACGGGCGCAGCAGGCUGCGAGCAGCUGUGCUUCGACUUGGCCCCGGGCUUUGCAUGCGGCUGCUUCCCGGGCUUCCGCCUGCUGCCCAACGGCAAGCUUUGCCAGGACAUUGACGAGUGCAGCAGCAGCAGCAGCCCCAACGCCGGCUGCCAGCACGUCUGCACCAACCUCCUCGGCUCCUUCGCCUGCAGCUGCCUCCCGGGUCAGCUGCAGCAGCGGCGGCAGCAGCGGCAGCAGCAGCGGCGCACCCUAGUUGUGGCAGCGGCUGCAGGCUAG